AUGGAGGAGGCGCAGCGGCUGCUCACGGUGUCGGUGUGGAAGCUCUACCGGUGCCGGGUGCGGCGGGGGGGCCUCCGCCUGCACCGGAGCCUCCAGCUCUCGUUGCUCGUCCGCGCCGCCCGCCACCGAUACCUGAGCGCCCGCGCUGCCGCCGGGAUCCCCCCGGGGCCGGCACCGCCCGGGGACACGGCGUACGGAGAGACCCCAGAACGGGGGAACACCCCGAACCGACCGACCGGGGAUCCUCGCACCGCCUGCGACCACCCGAGUGGCCCGAGCGGGGACCCCCGCACCGCCUGCGAUCCCCCGAUGGACAUUAACGGGGAUCCUCGCACCGCCCCGCACCGAGGGGCCCCCCCGAUGGACACGAACAGGGACCCCCGCACCGCCCCAGAUCAAGGGGACCCCCCGAUGGACACGAGCGUGAACCCCCGCAGCGCCUGGGACCCCAUCCGACUGACCGGGGACCCUCACAGCGGCCGGAAACGGAGGGACCCUCCGAGGGACCUAACCGAGGACCCCCGCAGCGCCUCGGACCGGGGAGACUCCCCGAUGGACACGACCGGGUACCCCCCGAACCGACCGACCGGGGAGCCCCCGAGCGCCCCAACCGAUGACCCGCAGACACCACAGACCCCGGAUCCUGCGAACCGGGACCCCCCCCAGGACUCCUCGAGUCGGGACCGUGACCCGCCCAGCGCUCCGAGGCUGCCGCCCCCUCGGGACCACCCGAGCGUUGCCCCGGGAGCUCCCCGGCCUCCCGGAGCUUCCCGGGCCGGGCGGAAGCGGCGCAGCGGCGGCUCGCCGGGGCCGGAGCCGGGGCCGGUCCCGAGCAAACGGGCGCGGCUGGAGGCGGAGGAGCCGCCGGUGCCGGUGUCCCCGGGGCCGCCCGGGCGCUGCUCGGGGCCUCCCGCCGCUGCCUUCGGGCUCCUGGUCCGCGCCAUCGGGGCGUGCUGAGACCCCCCCCGGGGGCCCUCGGAGACCCCCGGGAACACGGAGAUACACCCCCAGGACACACGGAACUAACGGAGAGAGACACACGGAACUGGCACCGGAACUCCCCAAAGUGGAUGGGGGGACACACCCCCCCCCUUCCCCCAGAACACACGGAACUGGUACGGGACCCCCCUCUCCCCCCGGGACACGUGAAACUGGACAGGGACCCUCAGGACUCCCUGAACUGGAUGGGGACCCCCCGGGGACACACGGAACUGGUGUGGGAACCCCGCUCGGGACAGACGGAACUGAACUGGGACACGUGGACUCUUGAGGGUCCCGGUGGGGCAUCCCCCGGUGACUGCCGCGCUUGGGGGAGGGGGCUCCAGGCUGCCUCCCCUUAUUGUUUUUUAAUUAUUAUUUUGUUAAUUAAAUAAAAGUGGGGUU